AUGGGGAUUUGGCGAGAACGAUGGCGCGAAACGGCAAGGUUCGUCGGCACAAUCUUCUGGCUCGGAGUCAUUUACUUGACUAGCGAGCUCAUAGUCUGGGGCUUCAGUCGCCUUCUCGCGCCAUCGCAUCUUGAGUUUUACGCAUCGAUUCUGGCCAUGCUCUCCGCCUUUGUUGUCAUGACAGGGGCUAGCUACCUGUUUGCCGAUGUCGAUAUUGUCUACCAGCAGCAUAUCAUGCCCAAGAUGGAUUUGAUCAAUGCCAAUCUCGGCAUCGGCUUCUCAAUACCUAUCUGUCUGACGAAACACUCCGAUAUCUUGAGCAGUCACGACAUUGUUCGCGUCUUUGGAGCCUUCGUUAUCACGAACGUCGCGUCUUGGAUUGGUGUCCUCUUGACUUCAGCCUCAAUGGUAUGGGUGGUCAAUGAGCUCACGGACGCUAUUGCCCCCGUCUUUGGCCGACGCCGCAGGAGGACAGCAGCAUUGAAGCACGGCGGCCUCAAAGAAGUGCUCGAGACUCUGAGCAGCGGCACUCCGUUGUACGCUCUGUUGACCUCGCGAAUCACGCGAAAACGCUUGCCAAAGUACGCUCGUUGGAUCUCACAAGUCACGAAUAAACGCUUGCCAAAGAACCGCAAGGACUGGUUUGGCGCUGGCGACUUGGCGCUGUCUCUUCUGGAGUGCGGCCUCUUCACCUGGGGCUUCAAGCUCUACGAAUGCCGUCGUCAGCUGUUCAGCACAAAGGGCUUCACCGUCACUGUGGUCUGUGUCGGCGCGGCCGCGGCAAAUGUCUUCCUGUCGGUAUUUAUUGCCCACUCUCUGGCGCUCGCGGCCCCUGAGUCCCUUGCCUUUUCUACAAGGAGCACGACCCUAGCCCUGUCCAAACCCGCAAUCACAGCUGUGGGAGGGAACGUGGCCGUCAACGCGAUGAUCGUCGUCAGCAACGGUAUACUUGGACAGCUAAUGUUUCCCUUCGUCCUUGACAGGCUAGGAGUUCAGCGGCACCCUCCAAACUCGAACACCCGCGAAAUGGCCGUCGAAUUGCAACCUGUGUCUCGGUGGUCUGGUAGUACGGAAGGUGAGACCUCGGGCACAGCUGGCGAAGACAACGUCAUGACAGUCGCAGCAGGAGUUACUUCGGGUAUCAACAGCGCGGCCAUGGGCGUGUCAUACAUGUACGAGACAAAUAGUCGGGCUGCGCCGUACACGGCGCUGUCCAUGGUUGUGUUCGGUGUCGUAACAGUGGUGCUGACAACAGUUGAGCCUUUCAAGGCAAUGGUCACUGGCAUCGCGAAGGGAUAA